AGGCCAGCAGAGUGGGUGGAGGAGGGCGCCGGACUGCUGGGAGAUGGGGAGUGCGGGACGGCUGAGAGGCACAGUGACCAGACCGGGCUGGAGGGUAAGGAGGCCAGAAUGGAGCUGUGGCCAGGGCUGUGGACGGUGCUGCUGCUGCUCUUCCUGCUGCUGCUCUUCCUGCUGCCCACCCUGUGGUUCUGCAGCCCCAGUGCCAAGUACUUCUUCAAGAUGGCCUUCUACAAUGGCUGGAUCCUUUUCCUGGCUGUGCUCGCCAUCCCUGUGUGUGCCGUGCGAGGACGCAACGUCGAGAACAUGAAGAUCUUGCGUCUCAUGCUGCUCCACAUCAAGUACCUGUACGGGAUCCGCGUGGAGGUGCGGGGGGCACACCACUUCCCUCCCUCGCAGCCCUACGUCGUGGUCUCCAACCACCAGAGCUCCCUUGACCUGCUUGGGAUGAUGGAGGUCCUGCCAGGCCGCUGUGUGCCCAUUGCCAAGCGCGAGCUCCUGUGGGCCGGCUCCGCCGGGCUGGCCUGCUGGUUGGCGGGCGUCAUCUUCAUCGACCGGAAGCGCACAGGGGAUGCCAUCAGUGUCAUGUCUGAGGUCGCCCAGACCCUGCUCACCCAGGACGUGAGGGUCUGGGUUUUCCCCGAGGGAACAAGAAACCAUAACGGCUCCAUGCUGCCAUUCAAACGGGGCGCCUUCCAUCUUGCAGUGCAGGCCCAGGUUCCCAUUGUCCCCAUAGUCAUGUCCUCCUAUCAAGACUUCUACUGCAAGAAGGAGCGCCGCUUCACCUCGGGGCGAUGUCAGGUGCGGGUGCUGCCUCCAGUGCCCACGGAAGGGCUGACACCAGACAACGUCCCAGAGCUGGCUGACAGAGUCCGGCACUCCAUGCUCACCGUUUUCCGGGAAAUCUCCACUGAUGGCCGGGGUGGUGGUGACUAUCUGCAGAAGCCUGGGGGGGCGGGUGAGGCCCGGCUCUGAGCUCCCCUCCCACCUGUCCUGUUCUUCCUCCCCAUGCCUACCGACCCAGUGUGUGCCGAAGCAGGGCCAAGCCCUCUUCCUCAUCCCCCCUCCCCACCUAGUCUCCUCUUUGGAAUCAACUUCUGAAGCGAAUGUGGAUACAGCGCCCCUUCCUGGCCCCUCCUGCCCCUUCCCGGCCCCACCCAUGGACUCUCUUGCCUCGGUGCAGUCUCCACUCUGACCCCUACCUCCUGCCAUCUUGUCUGUGGGACAGUUGCCUCCCCCUCAUCUCGAGAGGCUCAGCCUACACAGCGGGGAGGAACAUUCCAUCCCAUCCCCAGUGGACUCUUCCUGUGUGGGCUUCUCCUCCUCUUCACUCCACACUGGCCAGUGGACUCCUGCGUUCUGUGGGACAGUUCCCCCACCCCGAGUCCAUGGAUUGGGUGGACUCAUCCGUUUAUGAGGAAACUCCUCACCCUGUGGCCGGAAGCGGAUACCUGGAACACUCCUCCCAGGCACACCCUGGGAACCUCCCUCAGCAUCUGCAUCCUCCCCCCUGGGGGAGACUCCUGGGGGGCUGGACUCUUCUAACUCCAAGGUCUCACCGCUGCCCUUGCCCAGAAGCCCAGGGUCGAGCGCACUCCUGGACGACAGUCCGGUCUCCACAUUUCUGCUUCUCCUGAUCCCCGUGGUACAGUUCUUCAGUGGUCCUGGCCCCACCCAGCCCCCGGGCAGCCCUGCUGUACCAUUUCCACCAGACCCGGGGAGGAGGCCGACAGCAGGUGCUGCACGCCCCUCUGCGCCCGGGGGAGCUGGGGAAAGGAACUGAACCCUGGCUGGAGGGAUAGGAGGGCUUUUAAUUUAUUUCUCUUUCUUUUGAGGCUUUCCCCUCUCUGAGCCGGUUUUCAUUUCCUCCUGGUGGCAUUAGCCACUCCCUGCCACCCACUCCAGACUUGUUCCCACCACCCGGAGGUGGGCCGAGAGCAAAAGGAGAGGACGGGGCCUAGUUUCAUGUGGUUGGUUUUUAUUAAUUAACAGGAUGACAGCAAGAAACUGAGAAUAAAGAGAGAGAGCGA